AUGUGUCACGGUCACCCUCGUUUGCACCCUUGCUCGCAUACUUCGAUCAACUGGCACUACUGCCCUUCGGCCCUGAUCGAUCUUGAAACAGGUGUAGAGACUCCAUGCUCACAUCUGAGCUAUGCAACCGCCCAGCCCAGCAAUGCCGACUGUCCUCUGAUCAACUGCCAAUUCAAGGCGAUGGGUGGCACCUGGACCUGCUGCCAGUGCAAUCAAGGUCCCAAUACCCAAGGCUGGUGCACAAUGCCAAAAGCCACUUCGGGUUAUGGCAUCGCCGUCCCCGUCGAUGAGUCCAAGACUUGCGAUCAUGGAUGUUGUGCGGAAUGUGCACGUUACCUCCCAACACGAACAACUACCCCAGGUAUGACGUUCAGUGAGCUUCGUCAGGGGACUGCCAGCCGCAAAUUUGGCUACGGCUCUUCUAGCCGUUCUCAUCGCCGAGGUUCGGCCCUAUCCAAGAUCAAUGGAUUUCCCCCUGUAGACGAGAACGAAGAGGCUAUUUCACCAUCCACAUCAGGCUCAUCUUCAAGAAGCAACAACUCGUACAAAUCAUCUGCCCCCAGUAACACGUCUUAUGGAUCUUUAACUUCAGCAAGCCGGGGCGCGGCUUACAGGGUUGAGCUGGAGUACAGCUCUAAGCGCCAUAAGUCAUCCUCUGGAAAGUCAAGCAAGAAGAGCCAAAAGUCUGUGAGGGCCCACUAGUCUGGCGGGGAUGAGAUCAUGAGUUGAAUGAGUAGCUUUGAGGAAACUGCCUUGACUUGCAAAGGGAAAACAAAUUGUUGAUUAUCGCGUGUGGGGGUUCUCUCUUGGGUUGAAGAGCUUAAUGCCAUCCUAAUC